AUGAGAUGUCGGGGUCGCCAAAAGGAGCUACCACACAAAAAAGAGAUACUGCAUCGUGAGUUUGAUUCGGACAAGAAGCCGGGAGAGAAAAUGAGCCUUUCGCUCAUUUUCUCGGCGCUUGAACAAGGCAUUGUCGCGUUCCUGACCGCUCAUAAAAACAUGUGCUUGAGCCAGUAUUUACGGGAAAAGUUACUGGUGUGA